AUGUCUCACAAGAUGGCAGAGCACGUCAUCCACGCAAUCCUGUUCGUGCUUGACCUCGGCCUGGGAGCGAUGCACAUUGCCGAGUUCACCAUGAGCCACAACAAGCACCCGGAGACGGACCACGACCACGUGGCGCUGCGUGUCUAUGCCGGCCUGGACACGGACGACCUGACGGGCGCCGGCGGAACGUGGCCCGACGUGCGCGUGUGGAACGAGCGCGGCGUCUUCAGGGGUGCCCGGUGCGCCGAGAAGGUCUGGGGCGGCGAGGACACCACCAACCACGAGCUCAAGUCGGGCGACUGGGCCGACAUCAGGGUCGGCAUGAGCGAGGGUGAAGGACAGCCGACGUACGCCCUCAUCUCGGGCAACCAGGACGCCCUCUGUGUUGCCUACGUCACCAUGACGAGGCCGGACGGCGGCAAGGGCGCUGUAUUGGCCGGGAACUGGGCCCGCGCCUGCGACACGAGGCAGCACAACGUGUCGACCUACCAGACGUACCCGGACAACCCGACGGAGAUCCCAUGGUACUACUCCAACGUCGUCCUCGACGAAAACCAGGAUCCCCUUAUGUGUGUGUGGCUCGGUCAGGGCGGCGAUGUCUCGACGACCGGGAUAUCGAUGCAUUUCCAAGACUUUGCUGCCUCGACGCCGCACAAGGGCGAGGAAGGCAUCCAAUUCUACUGCGAGGGAAACCCUUCCCUCAAAUUCUACACCGAGAACCCCGCUCAGAAGGCGUUUAUCUGGGAGCCCGAGCCAUACACUCCGGUGCCGGUGCCCCCGCCUAAGUACCCAUUUGACGGCGUGGCCUUCAACCCCAACGUGUCGCGAGCGUACUGGGAGGCAACGCAGCGGGGAAAGCCCAUCACGUAUCAGCCGCCACCGCCGCCGCAAGAGAACGAGGAGGGCAAGCAAGGCGAACAAGGAGAAGAAGAAAGCGCCAUCAAGACGAAGAGUGCCCAGACCCUCUCCAUCUCCGCCAGGCUACGCAGCCUCCGGCGCCGGCUGACGGGCCGCCAGGACCACGGGGAAGGCGGACACGAGGAGCACGGCCACGGGGCCGCGCCCAAGUCGCCGCCGCAGCCGCAACCCAUCCCGCCCACGAUGCGGCGACCAUCGUUCAUGACGAAGCGGGCCGAGAAGUGCGAGUGGGAGGGCUUCAAGGGGGCCCCCUCGCACCCCAACAUCGGCUCGCACCCGCCCCACGGCAGCCCCAAGCCCCACUACCCGUGGCCGGAGGACGGCGACAUGGACAAGUGGGAGGAGACCGGACGGCCGUUCCGGCGGUCGCUGGCGGCGUCGGACACGCGCAUCGUCUUCUCCAACAGCACGGCGCAGACGGCCACGGCGCUGUGCAGGGGCGGCUCCAGGGGCCCCAAGUUCGUGUCGUGGGCCGAGGGCAAGUACUGCAACCCGAGGACCAACGAGGUGCUCCCGCUUUGCGGCCGCGGCGGCGCCGAGGUGGACUGCUUCGACGCUGACCUCUUGGAGCUGAGGGUGCGAAGGAGCCUGGCCAAGCGGGAUUUCCUGAGCGACGGCCACAUGGAGGACGACGACCUGGACCACCACCUGCUGCUGCAGUGGUUCGAGCCGGGCAAGGAGGCGACCACGCUGCUGCGGCCCAACAGGGAGAAGAGGGAUGUCGUGGCGGAACGUAAACGUGGCGAGCUGCUGGCGAAGAGGGAGUAUGGCGUGGUCGGCCGGUCUUGA